ACAUUUCAAUUUACCGGUUUGGACACCACCGAAGAAGAAAAAGCGGAAGUUAGGAACGCAUCACUAAGAGAUCGCGUAUGCCUGUAUUUUUUUCUGUUUAUGGCGUGUUAAAAUUAAAUUGAGUAUAUUUAGAAGUGUUAUUUCGCCGUAGACCAAACCUCACAGUUCAUUACAGCCUCGCACUUUAAAGCUGCUCGGGCUAGCUUACCUUGUUAGCUGCUAACAAAGAGACGCAGAGAAAGUUAGCAACAAAUGCUAACUGUUAAUUGUUUGAAAAACAAAAUGUGUCAUGUCCAAAUGCUGAGAGCGUUGGUGAGUGAAAGAUUGACUGCGGUGGUGGAAGAAAUAUUUGUUGUAUUAGAAAGAACGAUAGCAGAGUACGAAGAAGAACUUUGUCGAGCAAAAGAGGAUAACGAGCGGCAACGUCAACUGCUGGAUGCUGUUUUCAAGCCUCAAAUAGAAGACGUCCGUGAAAAAGAACUCGUCCCUAAACAGCAGGAGUGGAGCGCCAGGGUGGCGCAGAAGGAACCUUGGUGUCCCCAGGUUAAAGAGGAGGAGCAAGUGGGGACUCAGGAGGAUGCUGACAUCCGCAAGUUCCCUGUGACUUGCGUGAUUGUGAAGAGUGAAGAUGACGAAGGUGAAGCUCAGUGGUCACGGCCUGGUCACAGUCGAAGUGCGGAGACGAGAAGAUCCGAAGCCGACUACUUUUUAGCUCCCCUAUCAGAUGGUGACGACAUAGUGUCACACUCCCCUGACUCUAAAACUGAUACGACGUGUCACACUUCCACCCAACACAUUCAAUUCUCUCAAUGCGACAAAAGGUUUGACAGCAAAGGUAAUUUAAAAAAGCACAGGAGAGGCCACACUGACAACAAACACUUGAAGUGUCCAGAAUGUGACAAAAAGUUUCGCAGCAAGACUGAUUUGCAAAGACACGUGAGGAGCCACACGGGGGAAAAACCUUUCAGCUGCCCAUUUUGCGAUAAGAAAUUCUCCUUAAAGGGAAAUUUGAUGGCGCACCAGAGAACGCACACAGGAGGGGAAACUUUUUCCUGCACGUUGUGCAACAGAAGCUUUCGCGUCCAUUCAGCGCUGCGGAGGCACACGAGGACGCACACCGGCGAAAAACCCUUUUCCUGCUCGCUGUGCGGGGAAAGAUUCUCUCAGAAAGGUCACAUGAUGAGACACGCAAGGACGCAUACCGGCGAGAAGCCCUUCAGCUGCAACGUGUGCGAGAAAAAGUUCUCUGAAAAGUACAAUAUUAAGAAACACAAGUGUUCUUGUUGAAAUGAGGUAAACGUACAAAAAAAACCUGCACCGUUUUUCAAAACCAAACAAGGAAUCCCACGCGUUGGUGACUCAGGUUCCUUGAUUUUUUUUUAAGUGUGUUUUUUAUCCGUGUUGGCCCUGCGAUGAGGUGGCGAUUUGUCCAGGGUGUACGCCGCCUUCCGCCCAAAUGCAGCUGAGAUAGGCCCCAGCACCCCCCACGACCCCGAGAGGGACAAGCGGUAGAAAAUGGAUGGAUGGAUUUAUUAAAGGACUUUGAUAAGGAAGGUGAGAAACACUACUGUAUUAAAAAACAACAAACUUGUAGCAAAGUACGGAAUUUUUUU